CUACAACUCCCGGGGAAAACUGCGCCUCCUUUUUCCCCCUUCCCUCUUCGCACAGGGGGAGUAGUCACAGCUGGAAGGAUAAUAAGAUGCGCAUGAAUUUAUUAUCUGAAAUAAGGGCUAAAAGACAACAAAUGGACGAUUCAGUUGGUGUUAGCAAGCCCUUAAGCGAGUUUUCAGUUGGUAUGUGUUUUAGUCAAGUUACGCUUUCAUGGUGACUUUCAACAAAGUGCAGGUUAAACUUGAGACGUCGCUUUCCUUAGUUGAUGGAGAUUCAAAGUUUGCUCGGUCCACUCGCAUUGGAAAGAAAUGCCUCCUUCGAUGACUGUGAAGGCUUCCUGUGGUCAGAGUGGAUCAGUGACUUCAGUAAAAACAAGAAGCACCACUUGAAGAUAUGACGUCGGUGAUAUUACGGAAUGUUCAGAUACUUUUUUUCAUCUGGUGAACAACUGUGCAGUGUGGGACCACUGAUGCCUCCUGAUUUAUAAGUUCAAGUUGACACUCUGGAAAACCCUACAAUGCUGACUCACUAAGACUGAUGAGUACCAACGAUAUUCCCCACCAAACAUCCCAUCACGGAACCCUGUAGUAUUCAGCUUUGCAAGUCGCCAUUGGAAAAAAGCCAAUGUCUGCCUCCUCUCCCACGUCCUUACCUCGAGCCUACCUCCACUCUCUCCAUCCGCACCACCCAACCUUGCCGGCCAUUCUGUCCCCAUCCCCGGCUGGACCGCUCUACACGCGGCUCUCCAACGGAAGUCACAGUGCCCCCAGCCCCACCAACUCUGGUAGCUCUUUCCAUGGGGUGUCCUUCCUGCUACAGAUUGGACUGACCAGGGAGACUGUGAACCUGGAGGCCAGUGACUUGUCGCUGUCCGCUGUCAAGGACCUGGUGUGCUCUAUAGUGGACCAGAAGUUCCCAGAGUGUGGCUUUUUUGGCAUGUACGACAAGAUCUUGUUGUUCCGCCAUGACCUAAAUGAUGAAAACAUCCUGCAGAGACUGACCUCCGCAGAAGAAAUCCACGAGGGAGACCUCAUAGAGGUGGUGCUCUCCGCCCAAGCCACAGUUGAAGACUUCCAGAUUCGACCCCAUGCCCUUUAUGUUCACUCCUACAAGGCCCCCACCUUCUGUGACUACUGUGGGGAGAUGCUAUGGGGUCUUGUUCGGCAGGGGCUUAAAUGUGAAGGGUGUGGGCUAAACUACCACAAGCGCUGCGCCUUUAAGAUUCCAAAUAACUGUACCGGUGUGAGAAAGAGGCGAUUAUCAAAUGUGUCGCUACCUGGACCGUCCCUAUCUGUUCCCCGACCAGUACCUGCAGAGAAUGCAGCGGUUGUCUUGGAUGAGCAGCAGAGGUCCCAUCAGGAAGCAGGGAAGCGGAUCCUCUCAUGGGGUGGCAGGCCUAUCUGGAUGGAAAAGAUGGUGCUGGGUCGGGUUAAGGUACCCCACACCUUUGCCAUUCACACCUACACCCGACCCACCAUCUGCCAAUUCUGCAAGCGUCUGCUCAAGGGUCUUUUUCGUCAGGGAAUGCAGUGUAAAGAUUGUAGAUUCAACUGUCAUAAACGGUGUGCUUCAAAGGUACCAAGAGACUGUUUGGGGGAGGUGGACUUCAAUGGUGAGCCGGCCAGCCCAGGCCCAGACUCCGACACAACUCUGGAUACAAUGGAGGUGGACAGCAGUGACCUGGAUAGCAGCAGAGGGCUAGAUGACCCUGAAGAACCCUCCACUCCAGAUGAAAGAAUGUUCGACAUGGACUCUCCCAUCUUGGACCGAGAGAAAGAUGAGGAUCCCAUUAAGACUAUUAGCCCCUCCACAAGCAGCAACAUCCCUUUGAUGCGAGUGGUCCAGUCCAUCAAACACACGAAGAGACGGAGCUCCACCUUGGUGAAGGAGGGCUGGAUGGUUCAUUAUACCAGCAGAGACAACCUGCGGAAGAGACAUUACUGGAGGUUGGACAGCAAAAGCCUCAGUCUCUUUCAGAAUGACACAGGAGCCAAGUUCUAUAAAGAAAUCCCUCUGUCCGAGAUACUCCAGGUAGAGCAGUCCAGAGACUACAGUAGUCUGGCCCAAGGCAGCAACCCUCACUGCUUUGAGAUCAUCACGGCCACCAUGGUCUACUAUGUGGGGGAGAACAAUGGAAGUCACUACCACAGCCCGGCUCUGGCUGCCUCAGGAGUGGGCUUGGAGGUGGCUCAAGGAUGGGAGAAAGCCAUCAGACAGGCCCUAAUGCCAGUCACUCCUCAGCCUAGUGUCGCAAUUGCCGCAGGCACAGGAAAAGAUCACAAAGAGCUGUCUAUCAGCAUAUCUGUGUCCAACUGCCAGAUCCAAGAGAAUGUGGAUAUUGCUUCUGUGUACCAAAUAUUCUCUGAUGAAGUGUUGGGAUCAGGACAGUUUGGCAUCGUGUAUGGAGGUAAACACAGAAAGAGUGGCAGAGAUGUGGCCAUUAAAGUUAUUGACAAGAUGAGAUUUCCUACCAAGCAAGAGAGCCAGCUAAGAAAUGAGGUGGCCAUAUUGCAGAAUCUGCAUCAUCCAGGUAUAGUCAACCUGGAAUGCAUGUUUGAGACGCCAGAGCGAGUGUUUGUCGUUAUGGAAAAGCUGCAUGGUGACAUGUUGGAAAUGAUCCUGUCCAGUGAGAAGAGCAAACUGCCCGAACGAAUAACCAAGUUUUUAGUUACACAGAUCCUGGUGGCCUUGAGACAUCUGCACUUCAAAAACAUAGUUCACUGUGACUUAAAACCUGAGAACGUUCUGUUGGCCUCUGCAGAACCAUUUCCUCAGGUAAAGCUGUGUGACUUUGGCUUUGCCCGGAUCAUUGGUGAGAAGUCUUUCCGGCGGUCAGUGGUGGGCACACCGGCUUACCUGGCUCCUGAGGUUCUACGUAGUAAAGGCUACAACCGCUCCUUAGACAUGUGGUCUGUUGGUGUCAUUGUGUACGUCAGCUUGAGCGGGACAUUCCCUUUCAAUGAGGACGAGGACAUUAAUGACCAGAUUCAAAAUGCUGCCUUCAUGUACCCCCCUACACCCUGGAAAGACAUUUCUACAGAAGCCACAGAUCUGAUCAAUAAUCUCCUCCAAGUGAAGAUGAGGAAGAGGUACAGCGUCGACAAGUGUCUCAGCCAUCCUUGGUUGCAGGACUAUCAGACAUGGUUGGACCUCAGGGAGUUUGAGACGCGACGAGGCGAACGCUACAUCACCCACGAGAGCGACGACGCACGGUGGGAGGAGUAUGCAGACGAGCGCUGUCUCGUUUACCCCAAACACUUCAUCAUGGCGCCCAACCUUGAUGACAUGGACGAGGAUCCCUAGUGGCUCAGGGGUCUUACUGCACCACAUGUGAUCAGAGAAAGAGGACUGUCACAGGCGACUUUUUGCGACAAACUUUGGGAAGUGUGGAUUUUCCCUUGAGCUAUUUGCUGUGGAAACGGAGAGAAGGUGAUGAUGAGUGGGGAACCCCAAGCGUGUUUGUAGCAUGAUGCACCGCUGCAACUAGUAAGCUGAGGAUGUGCGCCACUGAAAAACAUACAGGAACUGUGAUGACAGAUGACACCUAAACAUUCCAUGGAUUUAAGAAGAACAGUCCUACCGAAGAUUCACUGUUUUAUACAGUUUUGGUUCAUGUUGAGUAAUAAUAUGGCUCUGUUUUUUGUGAGAGGAUGUCUGUGGAAAGAGAGCUUAUCCCAGGAGUAAAGGGCACUUUUCACAAGGGAUUUAGACUCUGAGAAUUUAUCCCCAAUACUGUAAGUUCUCAUUUCUAAACAGUUUGUGAGACAGUCCUUUGGCAUGAAACUGGAACUAUCAUGUAUGAAUUUGUAUGCUAUUUUAAUGUAUUUAGUAAUUGUGAUUAUUUUUGCACUAUAUUUGCAUUGAACAUUGCGAAAGAACAGAACGCGUGUUUGCUGCUACAAAGGGCAUGUCUGGUCUGGUGCAAAGUGUUCAACAAUGAUAACCAGUGAGCUUGUAUUUGCUUCAAUGUGAGUAUGAGCUGAUGUAUCACUUGAGACGGAAAGUGACUACGACGAAAUAAGUUGUACUGUUCCUGAGUACAAUCACUGAAGAGUUAAGUACUGACACCAUCAGUGGACUCUGUUAGAACAUUGUGUUUCUAUUUACUGUAUUUUCAGGACUAUAAGUUGCUCUGGAGUAUUAAGUCGCAUCAGUCAGAAAAUACGUCAUGAACAGAAAAAAAACAUCAAAGUCCCACUGGACUGUGAGUCACAUUUAAUUAGAAAUGUAUUUCACAAAAUCCAAGAGCAGACAUUUCAUCUGGAAAGGCGAGUUAUUCAACUAUACCAUAGCAUAUAGAAUGACAGCAUGACUCGGUGUCCGGUAUGUUAAUGUAACACAUUAAAUUAUUCAACGAUGCAAUAGCAUAAAGGAUGUGACUGGGAGGCUGAAUAGGGUAAAAUAACAUACCAAGCCAACGGUUACUGUUAAGCAAGUUCACCAAGCUCCCGAUCUCAUUCCACAUCACUGAAUGUAGUGUGAAUUCUUUAUCGUCUUUGUGGCUGGCCUCCUCUUGCGGCUGUCGACGGUAAUGUUCAACCUUGGUUCAUGACAAUCAGUAUUAAUGAACAUGGAAAAACCUGUUAAAUUAUAUAUUUUUUUUGAUAUGCAAGUUGCACCAGCCAAAAUAUGAAGGAAAAUUCAACUUAUAGUCCAGAAAAUAUGCUACUAUUUUAAAUGGGACUUUGUAAGCAUUCCAUUCCUGGAAUAUGUUUUGAUGCUCUGUGGGUAACUGAAGCCCUGCACAGAGCCGAGGUGUCACAUAGAACAAACUGUCCAUUCCAUUUGCAAACGAAUUGUGUGUAUGAUGCUGUCUGAAAUCUUUCGUUUAGUACGGUUGACAUAUUGAAAGGUUCACGUGGCAGGCUCGUGAACAGCAGUUGUGAAGUUCACGUUGCUGUUGUCUUUUGGGAGUACAUUCCAGUUUUCCUCAAAUCCCUUUCUUGUCUUUGUUGCCGCUGGAUUGGCAGGUGUUUUGUACAUUUCAAUGCAUACCGAUGGAAAUAAAGACUUCUUUACCGAGAAG